AGGCACCUUUGGCUCAAGUCAUAGCCUCCGUUGUCCACAGCGCCUGCCCGACGCGUGGUCGAGAAAUGGAGAAUUUCCUCGAGACUCGCUGUGAUGAGGAGAACUUCCAUGGCACCUGGCGGGACUUCCUCACGUUGCCCGAAAACGAUCAUGGAGCCUUCGUGGAGGUGAAAGAGAAGAAAAAGAAGAAGAAGCCAUUUGUGGGCGGUCGCUAUGGCGUGGCCAUCGAGGAGGCGGUGAAGGCAGAGAUGCGAGGGCAGCACGGCGCCGUCGGGGAGGUGAUUGAGCUCUUAGCAGACAAGACGAAGACCAAUCCUGCGGGUGCUGAUCAUUUGGUGAAGGCAGCAGAGAAUACAGAGGAGAAGACGAAGAAGCAGAUCCACAAAGGAAAGCAACACAAGCUCCCCGUUUGGGAAGAAUCGGACUCCUCCAGUUCGGACUGACUAACCGGAGAGAGGACUCGAAUCGAAUGCGAAGCUGUUCAAGAUCUGAGAGUGUAGACGGCACGGCAAAUGCUUGGAAUCUGAGAGAAUGACGA